GUGAACUUGUCUUAGCAGCUAAACAAUACAAUAAAAUAGAUAAAGAAUCUAACUUUAGCAUUACGGGUCACAAUGUAAACAAUUUAUGUACAUUUUUAUUGAAUAUACAAUUUAAAAUAAUACAUUUCCUGUUUCCAUCCAUCGGUGGCCCACAUGCUUGUUAGUUACACACAUGGUUUCACAGGUCAGGCAUUCUAGUGUAUAGGAUCAGAUCAGCAUUGUUAGCUUUAGGAACAUCCAAGCAGCCCCCAACUAUUUUCUACGUGUACUGGUACGUGUGCUUCUUUUUGCACAUAUGUAUGACUUCCGUUUGUUCCCCAGAUUGUGGACACGGAGUUGUCAACAGAUAUGCCCCAAAAGAACACCACAGCUUUUGCCUUCUUUCCCCUGAGUAAAGAUUAUGGCCUGUUAUUUUUGUCUUUUUUCCCCACUAAAAGAUCUGUUUGAUCUUUACUUACUUGUUUUUUAGCUUCUUGGAUGUAUUGUCUCUCUUUUGAGCUCACUGUGCUGUGAGGGCCGACAGAAGGGGUUCAGUUUGUUUUAUUUAGGAUGUGCCGCAUUAUUUAGGAUGUGCCGCAUCCCCCCACCCCCCCAGCCCUUGGCCCUACAGAGGGAUUAUGGCGUCACAUAGGGCCCCUGGGGGGGGUAUUAUAAAGCCCCUGUCUGACCCGCUCCUCUCCAUCAGAGAGGCUAAAAAGUCCAUCAGACACUUUCUCUAUCCCUCUUUCUACUUUAGAAAUACCCCUUUGCAUUGAUGUCGGCUUCAUCUUGACAACUUAUCCCACCUGAAACCUCCACCCAUAUCUCCACUUAUGUCUCUGCAACAGGUGGACAGAGGUGGCAAGCAAGUGCAGCUGAGUUGAUUUGCCAACCCAGUUCACGGCUUGGUAAAGAUCUGUUGAGUGGAUUUGUCAAUAGACGUCCUCAAAUUUUGUUUUGUCUCGGUGAGUGUUUUGGUUAGUGGAGUUAGUUGACUACAAAAAGGACAUCUUUUGUUUUGUUACUCUGGCAUUUGAAGAGGAAAAGGUAGACGUUUGAUUUUCUAGAAUCACACAUAGAUUUUUAAUUUUGAUCUCUUGGAGAGCUUGAAGUGAAGCAUCAUCAUGUGGGAGUUCCGGUCCAUGAAUUUCUGGCGGGCAGUCUUUGCAGAGUUCUUCGGGACCAUGUUCUUCGUGUUUUUUGGCAUGGGUGCUGCACUGCGGUGGACCACCGGGCCUUAUCACGUCCUACAUGUGGCUUUGUGCUUUGGCUUGGCAGCUGCUACCCUCAUCCAGUCCAUUGGUCACAUCAGUGGGGGGCACAUUAACCCCGCUGUUACCUUCGCCUACCUUGUUGGCUCACAGAUGUCUCUGUUCCGUGCCAUCUUCUACAUAGCUGACACAGUGCCUGGGUGCUCUAGUUGGGCAGCUGUGCUGUAUUGGUGUUACACCAGCCACAUGAGAGGCAACAUGGCGAUGAACAUGCUGCAGCCAGGCAUCAGUUUGGGAAUGGCCACCACUGUGGAGGUAUUCCUCACCAUGCAACUUGUGGUUUGCAUCUUCGCCGUCACCGAUGAGAGGAGAAACGGGCGACUGGGCUCUGCGGCCCUCUCUAUUGGCUUUUCUGUCACCAUUGGACAUCUCAUGGGGGUGUACUACACAGGUGCUGGGAUGAACCCUGCCAGGUCUUUCGCCCCUGCGGUGCUCUUCAGGAACUUCAUUAACCACUGGGUCUACUGGGUCGGACCUAUGAUCGGAGGUGCUAUGGGCGCCCUCCUGUAUGAUUUCAUGCUGUUCCCACGCAUGCGGGGUCUCUCUGAGCGCCUGGCCACGCUGAAGGGUAGUCGACCACCUGAGGCCGAAAUUCAGCAUGACACUCGUGGAGAGCCCGUUGAGCUCAAGACACAAGCCCUAUAAAUCUGCUCCCACCUUCUUAAACAGUUGAGGCUGAAGUAUGAGGGACAAGGCCCUGUGCAACGCCAAACCCACCUCCACCACCUUUCCCAUGGCCCACACAUUUACGAUCUUCACAACCAUCACACAACUAACCCAGUGCUCACAUUUAGACCAACACACACAACCAUUUCCACUAUAAAACAUGCACACAGGCUCACAACCUUCAACCUCAACAUGCAACAAGACUCCCCCCCCCCCAACUCUCACUCUGUUCUCUAAACUGGACAUUGCAUUCUUUGAAAAAUGAUGACCUGAGCCAUUGCUUUCUUUCCCCUCCCCGUCAGAGACAGACGCAAAGGAGCGAAUGAAAUCAAGAAGAGAGGUAUGCAGGUGAGACGGGUGUUGGAAGGAGGGAGACCAGGAUGCAAGGACAGGAUGAGGGUGUGGUGGGGAUGUCGGUAGGCUGUGAGAAAGGUCAGAGGACAUUGUGGAGGAGAGGCUGGAGAAGAAGCGUUGGGGUGGGGAGGGGUUUGGGUUUGGUCAAGAGGACAAAACAGUUUGUGGUUGUUUUAAGAUGGGUUUGACCAGUGAAGACGGGCUUUUCAUAACUCAUCUGAAUCCAUCUGUUUUUUUUUUUAAGGUUAAUUUUGUUUUCAGCACUUAAGACAGAAAAGAAAAAAAGGAUGUAUGAUAUUAUUAGCUUUUGCCGGAUUUUCAUUAUUUUCAGAUCACUACAUUUUAUCUGUGGGUUUGUGUUUGUGGAAACAUCUACAGCGUGUGUGUGUGUGUGUGUGUGUGUGUGUGCACGCGCGCACGCCUGUGAGGGUUAUAUGUGUGUAUGUGAAUGUGUGUGAUGAAAAUUGCAGGUACAGUUCUUUUAUUUUGUUUUAUUUUCAUUACUGCUCCCCUGUUUUGUACCAUGACUGUUUGUCAACCAUUUUAAAGACCUGAUCAUUUCCCCUCAUUGUGAUAUUUGCUAUCAUAUUCAUUUUUACAUAAACCAUCUGCCCCCCCCGAACCAGCAGAAUCCAAAGGACAUGAUGUUGUGUCCCAGACUUUGAUAGUUGUGUUCUCUGUAGAUCAGCUUUGCAAAGCUUUACACUGAGUCUCCUUUUAUUAUUUGAUCCUUACUGGAAGCACACAGUGUUUCAGUGACAAUUUAAUGAUAAUAA